AUAUUCAUGGUGUCCACAGCAACUUGGAGGUACCUUCGUUGGUCCAUUGCAACAAUCGUUUUUAUCUUUGUACUCCUUUCGCUUCGUGUAUUUACUCCACCAAGGUCCAGAUAUUUACAACCUCCAUUUAAAGCGAUGACAGACCAGAAGAAAACUGAGACAUGUGACUGUAGAAACAUAAUCAAGGAAAGAGAGAAUACAACAAAGGAGAGAAAUGAUGCAACCAAGGUACGUGAAGAUACUAAGGCAGAUGUAAAGACAACUGAAUCAACUUGGCUCAGGGAAUCUUUUGGAAAGGAACUUCACGAAAUCCACUCCCAACUAAAAUACCUCUUAGAUCAUAAAAGUAUACCCUCACCGGAUUUUGUUAACAAGGUUGGAGACCUUGCCAAACGCCUUGACGGCAAAUCAGAACCACCAACUCCAAAUAAUGGCAUGAAAAAUAACAGUUUGAAUGUGUGUCCGGAAGAAUACAAAGGCAGCAAAUUUGGUUACCCAUUUUAUUCUACAGGUUGGGUCCUUACUAACUGUAUCAAUGUCAAACCACUUAGCUCCGUCAUAAGUGUUUUAAUAAACACUGUCGCAUAUCCAAAAGAAGAUGAGAAACACAUUCGUAAUGUAAUAAAGGGUAUCAAUGAUACCUAUCCAAUAGUUCACGUUUACGUAGCAACGCGCAGUGACGAUAUCAUAGAAAUGGCCAAAGAGUACGAAAACAUUGACGUGGUUAAAGUCGAUGAUACAAAUGCAGCAAAAGUGUGGAACAUGCUUAAAGCUAAAGCCUCCACACCUUAUGUGCUGGUCGCACGUGAUGUGGUUCACUUCUCAUGGUUCACUCAAAUAGAAAGACAAAUUCGUGUGGUCAGUCAGAUACCAAAUGUAAAAGUUGCCGGGGGAGCAUUUCGGAAUAUUUCUGGUCACUGGAAAGCAGGAUGUGUGCAAACCAAACUACUAAACUACGUGCUAGAAUAUCAAGAAGGCUACUUUCACUCACAAAAUGCAUGCAUGUUUUGUGAUUUUCUGCAAGGACCUUUUCUGACUAAAACAGACUUGUUUAAGCUGGACGAAAGUCUUCCAAACGAAGUAGUAUUUGAAGACUGGUUCUUGCGCAUUAGAAAGGAUGGCCACCAAGUGAUGACAUGCCCUGACGCUAUGUAUUUCACUUUGGAUUACUUUUCGUAUACCAAGAGCACUAAAAAAGAUGUCUGGACACCUUUGGCAAAAAAGUGGGGGAUUAAUCGCGUACUUUUGCCCCAGGGGAUCAAAUUUUCAUUCUCUUGUGACGAUAUUGGCGUCUCGUGCAAGGCAACUCACGAAUUACUCCCAAUUUGUUGCCUGGAAGAGUACGCACAUCUCUUGACAGUCCUUCAGAAGUUCUGUGAUGAAAGAAAUAUUUCAUUUGAACUCGAUUCUGGUUCUAUUCUUGGUGGUGUUAAGUUCGAUGGUCUUUUACCGUAUGAUGCCGACGGAGAUCUCAUCAUGAUGUCAACACAAAUAGAAAUAUUUAGCAAAGAUGAGACAAAACAAUAUUUUCGGAAUAAAGGUAUCUCCGUCUACGGGUAUAAACCGCCAAUAUUUAACGAGAAAAUGGGAAAAUUAGUUAAUGGUUUCACGUACAUGGGUUUCCGUGGCUUUUACAUCGAAGUUUGGGGGAUGUGGAACACGACAAAUUGGCUCCAUCUUCCACCAGAGCUACGAAACUUUGCAUCGUUCACCAAAGCGAAUAUAAGAGGUAACUGGAUUAACACGGCAUGCAAUCCUGCUUUGUAUGUGAGGGGUCGUUAUGGAAGAGAAAUUUUGAAACAUGCUCAGUCCUGGAUAAAACAAGGACUGGGAAGUGGUUGGGGGGAAUACAAAGCUGGCACCUUCAAGCCGUGUAAUAAACCAAAGCAUCAUUCAUGCUUAGAUAAUUUGCCAGCCGAUGGUAAUAUUCCGUUUUUUGUGGAUUAAUUGAGCUUGCCUCAUGAAACUUGUUAUCACAGAUGCGAGAAUCAAAACAUCUGCCCGUGAGCUUUGGCCGUGUGUUGAGGCCAAUGAAGAAGGAAACGUAAAGAUAGCUUAUCAAACUAGGAAGGCCUCAAAAGAGAUUAAAAAGCCGACUUGUGGAUCGUUUUCACAUGACCUCACGACGAGUCAUUGGUUCAUGGCAAAGUCUGGUUACAAGGUUUGACCGUAAAAUAACGUUGUUGUCACUGGCAACCUUCCUCUUUUCGAAUGGUUACCAAAUCUCAACAGCCGAGCGUCACCAACCGUCAAACACGAAAGCCCGCCAAAAGAAGUCAAACGACACGUUGCCACUCGAAACGGGGCCAGUUGCCCGUGACAACAACACGAUUUCAACGUCAAAAUGUGAUCGCCAAACUUCCGUUGCGCCUCACGCAAUUGUAAAAUCGUAGUACCUUUCUUAGGGCAAAGGAAGAUUGUGUGUUAUCGACUUUACUAGUCAUAUGAAAACGAUUUCUUCUCGUCUCACCACAUUCUUACUAAAUGAAAGACAUACUAGGACUAAAGAACACGAUAUCAUGAUCAAUUUUUUCUUCCAAAUAAUUUUUAGAGCGGACAAAUGAUAAUCCGAUUAGUUAGAUAAAUGAAUGUUCACUUACUGUGUUGU